AUAUUUGAAUGUUCCGUUCAUUCCUGGAAGGCCCUCAUCAACGUUGUCUUGUACCUCCCAACGUUUAACGUUAUUCUUCACAAUCCUUCAUUUCUGUCUUAGGUUUUGUGUCAUUUAUUAAUUCGAAUUUAAGAUUCAGUAGCUGAACGAAGAAGUUACGAGAUUGAUUGGCGAAAACCGUCGGAGUCUUCGUUUUCAUCUCGUGGAGUCGAAUUGAUUUGAAGGGCUGGGCCGUGUGGAUGGGCGAUGACAAGAAGCCCUCGAUGGUGAUGCCCAGCAGAGACAGCCGAGAUCGGGAGCUCCUCUUACCCGUCGCCGACGCCGCCUGCGUCCGUCACGGCGAGGGCGACGCCUCCUCUUCUUCUGCUUCUUCCUCUCACCACUCCGGCCGCGAGACUUUCUACAAAGUUGUCAGGAGUUGGGCAUCAAAAAAGUUUAUGACAGGAUGUGUCAUCCUAUUUCCAAUAGCAGUCACUUUCUAUAUAACAUGGUGGUUUAUUCAUUUUGUGGAUGGCUUUUUCUCUCCAAUUUAUGCUCAGCUGGGCAUUAAUAUCUUUGGUCUUGGGUUUGUUACUUCCAUCACAUUCAUCUUCAUGGUCGGUGUGUUCAUGUCAUCAUGGUUGGGAGCAUCAGUUUUGAGUCUUGGAGAGUGGUUCAUAAAACGGAUGCCGUUUGUCCGUCAUAUCUACAGUGCCUCAAAACAGAUUAGCGCUGCCAUAUCUCCAGACCAGAACACUCAGGCCUUCAAGGAGGUGGCUAUCAUCAGGCAUCCUCGCAUUGGUGAAUAUGCCUUUGGAUUCAUCACUUCAUCUGUUGCCCUUCAGAGCUAUUCAGGCGACGAGGAGCUGUGCUGCGUGUAUGUUCCCACCAACCAUCUCUAUAUUGGCGACAUAUUCCUCAUCAACACCAAGGAUGUCAUCCGACCAAACUUAUCUGUUCGAGAGGGAAUUGAAAUUGUUGUUUCCGGGGGGAUGUCAAUGCCCCAGGUCUUAUCGACGAUGGAUGCUGGAGUAGUUAAAAGCAGAGACUGAAGAGUUUAUCAUUCACCAUCACUCGAGUCUUUGAGUCAGUCGGAAUGGCGGGCAGGCAGGCAGUACGAUGAUUAUGCACAUCUCAGCAGCAAUCUACAGUUGGGAAAAAGUAUCAAAUUCUGAUCAAAUGACAUGCACAUGCACAUCGCUUUGUACAGUGUAGUGUAGUGUAGUCAUAUUUUAUUACUUCUGUCAGAUCGUCUUGGUUUUCUUUGCCUUUAUGUAUUCAUUUAAUUUUAAAUGUGAAUUCAAUUUAAUUUUAUUAAUUUUCCGGUUUAA